GUGGGUGUGGUCAACAAAAAUGGACGUCGUUAGAGGAGUAAAGCAAUAUGUAUCAAGGAUGAUUGCUGAGGCUGGAACGGGCAUGAAGGUUCUUAUAAUGGACAAAGAAACGAUCAGUAUUGUUAGUAUGGUCUAUUCUCAGUCUGAUAUAUUACAAAAGGAAGUCUAUAAUUUCGAGUUAUUGAGUAACACAGGUCGUGAGGCAAUGAAGCAUCUCAGUGCCAUUUGUAUCAUAAGACCAACCAUUGAGAACAUUGAUCUGCUGUGCACUGAGCUCAAGACUCCGAAAUACGGCUCUUACUUUAUAUACUUUACUAACAGAAUAGACAGGGGCUCCAUUGAGAAACUAGCUUUGUGUGAUGACCAGGAGUCAGUGCGUGAAGUAAAGGAGUAUUAUGCUGAUUAUUUGGCCGUUGGGCAGCAUCUCUUUUCAUUUAAUAUUGAUCAUUUAACAACAUCUGGACUCGAGUACAAAAGAGUCUGUGAUGGUAUAGUAGCAGCUUUACUCUCCUUGAAGAAGAAACCUUACAUCAGAUACACUCACUCAUCCCGUGUCUCACAGAGACUAGCUGAUGACCUUUAUAGGAGCAUUAAUCAUCGUCAGGAGAGGGAACUGUUUGAUUUUCGAUCGGAUGUUCCUCCUCUGCUUUUGAUUCUUGACCGUAAAGAUGACCCUGUCACGCCACUCCUUAAUCAGUGGUCUUACCAAGCUAUGGUUCACGAGGUUUUUGGUAUUCAGAAUCAUCGUGUUGAUUUGUCAAGAGCUCCUGGUAUUACCAAAGAACUUCAAGAAAUUGUUCUCUCGCCUGAAAGCGAUGAGUUUUUCAGAGAGAACAUGUAUUUAAAUUUCGGUGAUAUUGGUGCUAACAUAAAGACAAUGGUGGACUCUUUUCAGGAGAAACAGAAAAGUCAUGCCAAGAUAGAGUCUAUUGCUGACAUGAAAGCUUUUGUUGAGAAUUACCCUCAGUUUCGUAAGCUGUCUGGAACUGUUGCUAAACAUGUCGCUGUGGUAAGUGAGCUGUCUCGCAUAGUAGCAGAGCAUCACUUGAUGGCUGUCUCUGAAACAGAGCAAGACAUAGUGACCCAGUCUGAAAAGAGCAACCACUAUAAGAAUGUUGAGUCGCUCAUUAAGAAUUCUGCUGUACGCAGUGUUGACUGUCUUAGGCUUGUUUUGCUGAUUGUAUUGCGAUAUGAAGGACAGCUGAAGAGAUCUGAGAUCGAUCAUUUAGUGAAGCUUUUGAGAAUGAGAGAAAUACCAGAUCAGAAACUUGAUCUGGUUGAUGCUAUAAUGGAGUCGUAUCGUGAAGAAAAGAGAACCAGUAAAUUAUUUGAGUCAAGCAAUCCUUUGACUAUGAAGAAGUUUCUAAGAGGAUUAAAGGGUGUUGAGAAUGUAUACACACGACACAAACCUUACCUUGUUGAUGUUUUAGAGAACCUUAUGAAGGGAAAGCUUCGUGAGAGUCAGUAUCCUUUCAUGGGAGACCCUUUGGGUGACAAGCCACAGGAUGUCAUAGUUUUUAUUGUGGGUGGAGCGACUUAUGCGGAGGCUUUUGCUGUAGCACAGAUGAACAGUUCUAAUCAAGGAAUGAGAAUAGUCCUUGGAAGCAAUACAAUAUUAAACUCUGAAAGCUUUAUGACAGAAAUUUUAAAGUCUUCACCACGGGAGAGUGCAAGGGAACGAUUCCGUCAGUUGCCUCCAGUUUAACUUUCUACUUUCUUUGCCUGCUCUUUCUUUAUUCUCUCUUUGUAUGUAUACACAUCUCUGCUGCCUUAAUGUGUGUAGUUUAAAAAGAUUUUAAUACAUUUUGUAUUUGUGACAUUUUGAUUUGACCGUAUUUACAUUGUUGAAAUUUAUAAUUA